AUGGCCUCGAAGGUCUCACUGCGGCUGCUGCAGCAGCAACAGCUGCUGCUGCUGCUGCUACUGAGCUGCAGUUGCUGCUGGAGGCAGUCUGCAUGCAUGUCGCUGCAGCAGCCAGUCGCUGCUGCAAGUGUUCUUGGAACAAGCCCGAUUAUAGCACAGCAGCAGCAGCAGCAGCAGCAGCAGCAGCUGCAGUACGCAGCGUCAGCAGCGGCACCUAUGGCUUUUGUAAAGAGCAGCGGAAAUGCAUCUUUUCUGCAGCAGCAGCAGCAGCAGCAGCAGCAGGGGCCCCUCGCCUUCUUCAGCUCCCCACAGCAGCAGCAGCAGCAGCACGUGGUGCUGUCACAGCCACUGCAGCAGCAGCUGCUGCUGCAGCAGCAGCAGCAGCAGGGGGCGCCUGCCGCUGCAACCCGUUUGAUGUACCAAGUCCGCUUGAAAACACCUGAAGGAGAAGAGCACACUGUAGAGUGUGCAGAAGAUGAAUACAUUUUGGAUGCAGCAGAAGCAGCAGGAAUUGAUUUGCCCUACUCUUGUAGAGGAGGCUCUUGCAGCACCUGCGCAGGCAAGCUGCUGGAGGGCUCUGUAGACGGAACAGAACAAAGCUAUUUAGAUGAGCAGCAGCAGCAGCAAGGGUUUGUGCUGCUGUGCACUGCUUACCCCAAAAGCGACUGCACAGUUCUCACGCACCAAGAAGACGCGCUGCACAAUCCCCCAGACCCUAAACCCUAA